ACCCAGUUGUGUGUCUAUUAACAGUAAUAAAUCCAUGACUCGAAAUCCACCUGAUCUCAGAGAAUCAGUGACCUCUGACCCAGUCAAUGCGGAAAGAGAUGGUCAGACUGGAGACCUGCAACAGGAUUCACACCAACCAGUGGAUAAUGUUCUGCAGAAAGUCAAAGAGACUCACAAAACCAGCAUGAAGAAAAAUUACGAGAGCUUAUUUGAUGGAAUCAAACUACAAGAGAAUCAAACCCUCCUGCACAGGAUUUACACACAGCUCUACAUCAUAGAGGGAGAGAAUGAAUGGGUGAAUGAAGAACAUGAGGUUUCACAUAUGGAGAAAACACCCAGAACGCAACACUUACAAGACACUCCAAUCAACUGCAAUGAUAUCUUUGAUCUCUUACCUGAACCAAGAUAUAAGACAAAUAAAAGAAUGAGGAAAGAAGAAAUAAAGACUGUUCUUACUAAAGGGAUUGCUGGAAUUGGGAAAACGGUCUCUGUGCAAAAGUUCAUUCUGGAUUGGGCUGAGGGAAAAGCCAAUCAGGAUGUAGAUUUCAUGUUUGUGUUUUCAUUCCGAGAGCUGAACUUGAUUAAAGAUGAGCAGUACAGUCUUCACAGACUUCUGCUUGACUUUCAUCCUGAACUUCGAGAUCUGGAUUCAAAGAUUUAUGAGAAGUGUAAAGUUGUGUUCAUCUUUGAUGGUCUGGAUGAAAGCAGAAGUACACUGAUGUUUUUAGACAGUCAGAAAGUUUCUGAUGUGACUGAGGCUUCAUCAGUGGGUGUGUUGAUGACAAACCUCAUCACAGGAGAGCUGCUUCCAUCUGCUCUCAUCUGGAUCACCUCCAGACCAGCAGCAGCCAAUCAGAUCCCCUCUAAAUUCAUCAAGCGUCUGACAGAAAUUCAGGGGUUCACUGACCCUCAGAAGGAGGAAUAUUUCAGGAAGAAAAUCGGUGAUCAGCAUGAAGCUAGCAGAAUCAUCUCGCACAUUAGAGGAGCAAGAAGCCUCCAUAUCAUGUGCCACAUACCAGUCUUCUGUUGGAUCUCAGCCACUGUGCUUCAAAACAUCCUCAAACAAGAUCACAGAGCAGAAAUCCCUAAAACUCUGACUGAAAUGUACAUCCACUUCCUGCUAAUUCAGAUCAACACAAGGAAUCAGAAGUAUGAUGAGAGAGAUCCAGAAAAACUCCUGCAGUCCAACAGAGAAGUGAUUGUGAAACUUGCUGAACUGGCUUUCAAACAGCUAAUGAAUGGUAAUGUCAUGUUCUAUGAGGAGGACCUUAGAGAGUGUGGCAUAGACGUCACGGAGGCCUCAGUGUAUUCUGGGAUUUGCACUGAGAUCUUUAAGGAGGAAUCUGUCAUUCAUCAGAGGAAGGUCUACUGCUUUGUACAUCUGAGCUUUCAGGAGUUUCUGGCUGCUUUCUAUGUGUUUUACUUCUAUAUAAGUAGCGCUACAGAAACACUAUUUGAUUCACUGUAUGAUCUGCAUAAAAGAGUAGUCAAAAAAGCUCUAAUGAGCAAGAGUGGAGGCAUGGAUCUUUUUCUGCGAUUCCUGCUGGGCAUCUCACUGGAAUCCUGUCAGAUACUCUUACAAGAUCUACUGACAAACACAGAGAACAGCUCAGAGACCAUCAGGAAAACCACACAGUACAUCAAAAACAAAAUCAUAAGUGACAAAAAUAUCUCAGCUGACAGAUCCAUCAAUCUGUUCCUCUGUCUGCUUGAAGUGAAUGAUCAGACACUGUUCAGAGAGAUUCAGGAGUUUCUGAAAUCAGAGACACACUUGGUGAAUAAACUCUCUGCUGCUCACUGCUCAGCAAUAGCCUACAUGCUUCAGAUAUCAGAAGAGGUGCUGGAUGUGCUGGACUUAAAGAAAUACAACACAACAGAGGAGGGCAGAAGAAGACUUAUACCAGCUGUGGUCACCUGCAGAAAGGCUCUUCUUGCUGGUUGUAAUCUCACUGAUUACUGGUAUAAAAUUGUGGUCUCAGCUCUCCAAUCAUCAGACUCACCCUUGAGAGAGCUGGACCUGAGUAACAAUGACCUGCAAGAUUCAGGAGUGAAGCUGCUCUCUGAAGGACUCAAGAGUCCAAACUGCAGACUGGAGAUACUGAGAUUAUCAGGCUGUAUGGUGACAGAGGAAGGCUGCCGUUAUCUGGCUUCAGCUCUGAGUUCAAAUCCCUCACACCUGAGAGAGCUGGAUCUGAGCUACAAUUACCCAGGAGAUUCAGGAGUGAAGCUGCUCUCUGAGAGACUUAAGGACCCCAACUGUAGACUGGAGAUACUCAAUUUGGAUCAUGGAGGACAUUUGAGGAUCAUACCAAGACUGGCAAAAUAUGUAUGCAACUUUACACUGGAUCCAAACACAGCACACAAUCGUCUCUCUCUGACUGAGGGAAACAAAAAGGUAACAGAUGUGAAAAAGGGACAGUCAUAUCCUGAUCAUCCAGAGAGAUUUGAGAACUACGAGCAGGUUUUGUGUAGAGAGAGUCUGACUGGACGCUGUUACUGGGAGGCUGAAUGGAGCGGGUGGACGUAUAUUGCAGUAACAUAUAAAGGAAUCAGCAGGAAAGGAGGGGGUGAAUGCAGAUUUGGACGCAAUGAAAAGUCAUGGAGUCUUUUUUGUACUCUCGAUAGAUUCAGUGCUUGGCACAAUAAUAACAGCACAGAUGUAUCUGUCCCUUCACGCCUGUCUCAGAGAGUAGGAGUGUAUCUGGACUGGCCGGCUGGCACGCUGUCCUUCUACAGUGUCUCUGGCACACACACACUCACACACUUACACACAUUCAAGACCACAUUUACUGAACCGGUCUAUGCUGGAUUUGCAGUUUUUGACUCCUCUAUAUCCCUAUUUCAUAUUUAA